CUAACGCAGACAUUUCAGUGCAGCACACACCACUGUAUUUUUUGGAAGCAGAGCUGAAUACAUCAGCAGAUAUGUUCAUUUUAUUUCAGUUCAGAGUAUAAUGUCUUAUGAACCUCAGAACUGCAAACGGCUACAGAAGAAUGGAUUGGAUUCACUUUUGAAUAUCCUACACGGAAAUUUAAAUUAUGCACUUCGCUGUUUUCCCAGACCACAUAGUUUCCACUGCUUUACUUUGACGUCUUAUUGUAAGUACAGAUUGUUUUCUACAGUAGAAAGCCUGAUGAUUACCUCAUGAAAAAUGACCUAGAUCCAGACAAUACAGGCCCCUGAGCAGCGAUGAACUGGGCUUUUCUACAAGGAUUGGUGAGCGGAGUAAGCAAGUAUUCCACAGGAUUUGGAAGAAUCUGGCUGUCAGUUGUUUUUGUCUUUCGUUUACUUGUCUAUGUUGUAGCAGCAGAAAAGGUCUGGGGAGAUGAUCAAAAGGAAUUUGUAUGCAAUACUCGUCAACCUGGCUGUACAAAUGUUUGUUAUGACAGCGUCUUUCCUGUCUCACACAUCCGUUUAUGGGCCCUUCAGCUCAUUCUGGUCACAUGUCCCUCCAUGUUAGUUCUUAUGCAUGUAGUAUACAGGGAAGAAAGAGAAAGGAAGCAGAGACUGAAAGAUGGAGAAAGAUACAAGAGAAUUUAUGCAAGCACUGGAAAGAAGGACGGUGGACUGUGGUGGACGUACAUUAUAAGCUUAAUCAUCAAAGCUGGCAUUGAUGGUGUAUUCCUCUAUGUUUUUCAUAUGUUGUAUGAAAAUUAUGACAUGCCCAGGUUAGUGAAAUGCAGUUUAGCCCCAUGCCCUAACACAGUGGAUUGCUUCAUUGCUAGGCCAACAGAGAAGAAAAUUUUUACUCUGUUUAUGGUGGGCUCAACAGCAGUUUGCAUCAUUUUAAACCUGUGUGAACUCUUUUAUCUCAUUAUGCAUAAAUGCAGGAAGCUUGCUGCAAACAGAAGAAAUACGAACAACAGAAAUAUGCUUUUGUUUUACAGUCAUGAUGUAGCAUCAUGUGACAACACAGAUCCCCUUUCUAAAGAGAAGGAGGCUGCAAGGAACAUGCAACUGCUUCCAGAAAUAUCUGUUGUGGAUCACUCUAAAUAGCAUAAAAAUGCCUCUGCUCUGAAUAUAUUUAACCACUGAUAUUUAAGCUACUUUUAGCCAGGACAGACAGUUGCAUAUUCUAAUGUGCAUGGAGAUUUGCUCACAAGUUCUCAUAAAUGGCCCUUGUUGACAAAAAGACUAUUUUUGAUAACAUGUAGAGGUUGCUUAAAAAAUUAAAUUCAGAUUAAAAAUG